AGUCAGUACAGGGAGAAAGCCAGAGCUGAAGUGACCGCGGAAGUCUACCAGUGGUUUUAUAUAUUACACUGUGGAUUCAUUUGACUUUUGAGGCGCUUCCUAUCGACAAUACACAAUGUCUUUCCUCGUAUAUUUGACUAUGUUCGUUCUAGCGAGUUGUGCUCAACAUGGCGAGGGUCACAGUCUUCACAACGCACACAGCAAAGGUGGUAUUACACGAAACUUCUAUAUCGCAGCUGUCGAAAGAGACUGGGAUUAUGCCCCAAGUGGGUUUAACAAUGCAAAMGGCAUCAAACUAGACAAUGAUAGUGAUGCGUCAGUUUUUACCGUCCGAGGGGAUACCACUAUUGGUAAAGUCUAUAAGAAAGUCAUWUAUCGCGAGUACACAGACGGUACAUUUACCWCAGAAAAAACACAUCCAAAGCAUCUUGGAAUCCUUGGACCUGUGUUGUACGGAGAGGUUGGUGAUGUCAUCAGAGUUAUUUUCAAGAACAAAGCAACAAGACGGUAUUCCGUUCAUCCACAUGGCACAUUCUACAAGAAAAACGCUGAAGGAGCGUUAUAUGAAGAUGAAACAAGUCAAGAGGAUAAACAUGACGAUCAUGUACCACCAGGAGAAACCUACACGUAUACAUGGGAAGUUAAACCCAAUCACGGACCAACCAAGGCAGACUCUAACUGCUUGACAUGGAUCUACCAUUCUCACCUCGAACCGGGCAAAGACAUCAAUACCGGUCUUAUAGGGCCUCUGAUAACCUGCAAAAAAGACACGUUCGACUCGAACGGAAAACGAAAAGAUGUAGACCAAGAUUUCUUCCUUCUUUUCUCUGUUUUUGACGAGAACGCCAGCUGGCUAUUGGAUGAAAACAUUGAUAGGUUUUGUAGUAACCCAACUAAGGCUAAAAAUUCCAAAGAAAAAGAAGACUUUCAGGAGGCUAAUAAAAUGCAUACUAUCAAUGGAAUGUUCUACGCUAAUCUUCCAGACUUAAAACUUUGUGUUCACAAAACCAUCAGCUGGCAUUUGUUUGGAAUAGGAAACGAAGUUGACAUUCAUACAGCGUACUUCCAUGGUCAAACAGUUGACAUCAAUUCCCACAGAAAAGACAUUGCUUCUUUGCUUCCUGCAACAUUUGUAACAGCGACCAUGAGAGCUCAUAACCCAGGAACGUGGAUGGUAAACUGUGUUGUUGACGAUCAUUAUAACGCUGGGAUGUAUGCGUUAUUCAACGUGUCCUCGUGUUCGAGACAAGCUUCACCUCAGGUUCGUUCUGGUAAGACAAGGACUUACUACAUCACAGCUGAGGAGGUGAUCUGGGACUACGGACCAAGUGGAAUGAACAAAUAUAAAGGUGGAGAACUAAACGCUAGUGGAAGUGAUUCGGCUGUUUUCUUUGAUCGAGGUGCUCAUCGUAUCGGUGGACGGUACAAGAAAGCAUUGUAUUUCGAGUACACCGAUUCCUCUUUCACUGUGAAGAAAAACUCUUCAAUCCAUCUUGGAUUUUUGGGGCCAGUUAUCCGAGCUGAAGUUGGAGAUACAGUCCGAGUUGUUUUUAAAAAUCUGGCGUCGCGUAGUUACAGUAUUAACGCACACGGAGUUUUUUUCAACAAGUCUAACGAAGGAUCAUUGUAUAACGACUUCACAUCAGCAAAACAGGAUGACAUUGUAAAACCUAACACAACUUAUGUAUACACAUGGACGGUGCCUGAAGAUUCUGGACCAGCAAAGGAAGAUACUCAGUGUGUCACAUGGGCGUCUGAUAGGCCCAUUGCUGACUUGUAGAAAGGGAACCUUGAACGCAGAAGGCGAACAAAACAAUAUCGACAAGGAAUUUAUUCUCAUGUUGAUGGUCAGCGAUGAAAGUAUGUCGUGGUAUCAUGAAGAAAACAAGCGGAUGUUCUGCACCGACCCGUCAGGAAUCACAGAGAAUGAGGACUAUCUGGAAAGUAACAAAAUGCAUGGUAUCAACGGACGUUUGUACGCCAACCUCGAUGGCCUUGAAAUGUGUACCUUCGACAAAGUAUCAUGGCAUCUUAUUGGUUUUGGUAAUGAAGUAGAUAUGCAUACAAUAGCAUUCUAUGGUCAGACUGUAGUAGAAAAUCACAACAGGAAAGAUACCGUCAGUCUUCUACCAGGAACCUUCACAACAGCAACAAUGACACCAGAUAACAAGGGGGAAUGGGCUUUGAUAUGUAAAACUACCGACCAUUUUAGUGCUGGCAUGCAGGCCAAAUUCAAAGUUAAUGAAUGCAAUCAGCMYUCAACCGAAAUAUCUGGAAAAAAGACAAGGCGCUACUACAUCGCUGCAGUCGAGGUGRACUGGGACUACGCACCUACUGGCAAAGAUAUUCUUGGAAAUAAGACACUCGAAGAAAGCGAGCACGCUAAAACAUUCACCAUCAAUAGCAACAAUCGAAUAGGUCGUGUAUACAAGAAGGCUGUUUACCGUGAGUUCACCGAUGAUACSUUUACCAAGGAAAAGAAACGAACCGACCGCGACAAAUACCUUGGAGUACUGGGACCUAUAGUGUACGCCGAGGUUGGCGAUAUUAUUGAGAUUGUGUUUAAGAACAAGGCUUCACGUGACUAUUCAGUGCAUCCACAUGGCGUGUUUAAUAAUAAGUUAAACGAAGGUUCAGACUACAUGGAUGGAAGUAAUGGCGCCGCUAAAAACGACAACAGAAUCAAGCCAAGCACUAAGUACACGUAUACUUGGUCUGUACCAGAACGAGCAGGACCCGACAGUCAGGACACAAGAUGUUUGACGUGGGCUUACUAUUCUGAUGUGGAUUCCGUCAAAGAUGCCAAUACAGGCCUAGUGGGACCCCUUAUUGUCUGUAAAAGGGGCACUUUAACAGCAGAAGGAAAGCCAAAAGAUGUCAACGAGGAUUUUGCUUUACUUUUCACUGUCAUGGACGAGAACAAGAGUUGGUAUCUCGACGAUAACAUUAAGAAAUAUUGUACUGCACGAGUUGACAAAGACGACGAAGAUUUCCAAGAAAGCAACAAGAUGCAUGUUAUUAAUGGCUUUGUGUUUGGGAAUAUCCCUGGUUUGGAAAUGGUUUAUGGUGACAAUGUGUCUUGGUACUUGUUGGGGUUGGGUAAUGAAGUAGACAUGCAUACCGUGCACUUCCAUGGACAGACGUUUGUCCAGAAAUCCUCAUCGUAUCACCCCGAGGGCAUGCGUGGUGAUGUGUACGACCUAUUCCCAGGAGUCUUUGCGACGGUCAAAAUGGUUCCUGAUAGCAUUGGUGUGUGGAUGCUGCACUGUCACGUGAACGAUCACAUGGACGCCGGUAUGGAAGCUCGGUUCGCCGUUAGGGAAAAACCCACAGUUGUAUCUACGACACAUAAACCACCCAAGGGGCAGGCUUACAAGCCCUCGGCACAAAGUAUCUUUGUAUUGAUGAUCAUGGCUACAUUACUGUUAAUUGUAGUAUAGAAAUCCUUGAAGAUAUCUUGUAGGUUACAGCUGAACAAUUAGAUACGCAUACGGAACACGAAAACAUACAGUUAGAAGUUGGUAAAUACAACAACAUCAAAAACAACAAAAACACAUAUAGUGUCUCAAAUACAUUUGGAAUGAUGAAAGAUGUCUAGCUAGGCUGUUUAAAAGUAAAAACACUAAAAAUAGGCCCAUUAUAGUUGAUUAAAACUGAAUGUUAGAGCUGCGCUAGAUGUAAGGAACUAGAGCUAAUAACAAUUUACGCAAAAAAAAUGUCCCUAUUGUUAGAGAAAUUGUUGAAAUUGAUUGAAACAGCACAAUAAAAGUUCACGGCUUUUUAA